AUGUCUGAUUUUGAUAUCAUAUUAUUCUUGCCAUCGAAUGCACGGCUUGCAUGGAAUAGCUUACCGAAUGAUAAUACUCCAGAUGAUAAGAAAUUUUUAGGUUUAACUCAACAUAAAAUAAAAAAUCCUCAGACUCGAGAACAAUUUGAUCAGUGGCGUACGAAAUCGAUUGCAAUGUAUAAACAAUGUAAUUUAAAUAUUCCUUUGGAUAUUUAUGUAAGAGAAUAUGAAGAAUAUUAUAUUCCAUAUAAUUGGAUAGAUUCUAAAAAGAGUCAAUUGCGGUCUAGAUUCCAAAAGCGACUUUUAGAAAUAGAAGC